AUGCUGCUGCAGCUGCAGCAGCAGCAACUCCAACAGCAACAACAGCAACUGCAGCAGCAGCACCACCACCAACAGCAGCACCGCCACCACCACCCCCACCACCAUCCCCACCACCACCGCCACCAUCAGCAGCAGCAGCAGCAGCACCAUCAGCAGCAGCACCACCACCAUCAGCAGCAGCAGCAGCAGCAGCAGCAGCUAACCAACGGUGCCAUCGAAGACCCCAAAGAAGGCGGCGUCGUUCCUCCCCGCUAUCAAGGCAGGGCACACAGUAAACCGAUCCUCCUGGUGCUUACGCCCCCCUGCAGCAGCAGCAGCAGCAGCAGCAGCAGCAGCAGCAGCAGCAGCAGCAGCAGCAGCAGCAGUAGCAGUAGUAGAAGCAGUAGUGGCAGCAGCAGCAGCAGUAACAGUAGUAGCAGCAGUAGUAGCCGCAGUAGCAGCAGCAGUAGCAGCAGUAGCAGCAGCAGUAGCAGCAGCAGGAACGAUAUAAUAAACAGCAGCAGCAAAAGCAGCAGCAGAAGCAGCAACUGUUCUAUGAAAGGCAGCAGAAGCAGCAGCAGAGAUAUAAUAUAG